AUGCAGUUUGACCAAAGGGAAAUUGAGGAAGUAGAAGCAGGAGUCAGUGGGGAAAUCAAAGGAUGUAUUACCAGAGGAAGAGAGAAAGCUGGGAGACUAAGUGAAACAGUAAAGCUGGUGGUGGAUUUGCAAGAUCUUCCCACGUUUCACCUGCUAGUGAUGAGGAGACCUGGAGCUUUGUGUUCUGCUCCAUGGAUCACAGGAACUGGAGUUCUGUGUUUAACCUUCUUCCAGUUAGCAGACUCUGAGUUGGACUGUGAGCUUGGCGAGAGGUGCAUUGGGCAGAGUGAUGAAAACUUUAGCAGCUGGUAUGUGUGGUUCCUGAUGUUGUUUUUCCUGGCCUUGCUCCUGUCCUGCGGGAUCUGCUGCUGCCUGCAGUGCUGGCUGAAAUGGCGGAGCUGCCUCCCCCACCAACGCACCCUGGCCGUCUUUGCGCUCAGCAGCUCGGAUGUCUUUGGUGCAAGUGAAGUGCCUCAGUGCCCAUUCUCUGGAUCUCCGAGCCCCUGCAUGACUGUGGAGAUGUCCUCUUCUUCUGAACCACAGUUCAGCCUUGGGGGAACUGAGUUGCCUCCAUCCUACGAGGAUAUUAUGAAGGAAAACAAGCUUUAG